UACCUAUUCGGUCAGUUUAUGGUCGUGUUGUGAGAACGAUUCGGCCUAAUGCUAUUUCACUGAUAAAUUAAUAACUACACGUUAAAUUAUCUUAAAAUUAUAAUAAAAAUACAAGAACAUUUUCACCAUGAAACAAAUUUGGCAAUGUUUGUUUUCACCGCGCCUGUAUAAGGUGUACCGGGAUGGGCCGAAAGAUUCGGUGUACCAGCCCGUGGGAUACGAGAAAUGGGGCGAUAAGAUCAUCAUAACAGCUCAUGCGCUACUGAACAUUAGUUUAUACACCUCGCCGUUUAUUUGCUUCUAUAUUUACAAGCGAGGUUACAUGUCGUUCGACGAGGUGAAGUCAAUGGGCCGGCUCUUUGGUGGCCUUUCUUGUCUGAUCGCGUUUUCCUUCCUAAUCCGAGCAUAUGGAAGGUCUCUUAACCCCAAGUAUAUGCAGUUUGUGAACACAAUAACCAACAAGAUGACUGAUAAACAAGGUUAUUUGACUGACCUGCGGAAGUACGAUUUUGAUAUUAAAGCCUGGCCUGUAACUUUCAGUGUGGCAAGCAAAGAUGGUAGUACAAGUGAUCCUAUUAUAAGAAUGGAUCCAAUUGAUGAAGGGUUGAAAUGGUACCAACAUCAUCCUUUCCGAUACUGCUCCAACCCGGAGCUGCGAUUCUACAAGCGCAUCCCUCUUCAGAUCCUGGCAUUCGCCGCUGUGCAUACCUUCGGCUUGAGGCUCAUUUAUCCAGGAUCUUUGACCGUUGUCAACUCUUUGCUAUUUCUUACAGGGGCCGCCCUCUUACAAGGCAGGACUACGCUCGUUGAAAACCAUAAUGGUAAGCGAGCCCGGAUUGGAACAGCUGACGGCAACACCAUCGAUACGAUGUUUGUGGAUAACCGCACUCGCUCCCUUAAGGGUAAGAUUCUGGUUGUGUGCUGCGAAGGAAACUCUGGAUUCUAUGAGAUCGGCAUCAUGACCACGCCCAUGAAGUGCGGGUAUUCGGCAUUAGGAUGGAAUCACCCUGGAUUCGCUGGAAGCAGUGGCCUACCAUACCCGUCUCAGGAGCAUAAUGCGAUGGACGCUGUUAUGCAAUAUGCUAUCAACGAGCUUGGUUUUCGUCCUGAUAAUAUUGUGUUGUUUGGCUGGAGCAUUGGAGGAUACACCGCUACCUGGGCUGCUGUCAACUAUCCUGUCGGUGCCUUGAUCCUGGAUGCGACCUUCGAUGAUCUGCUGCCUCUCGCCCAGAACCAGAUGCCGCCCUCCUGGUCCCUUCUCGUGAAGGAGGUGAUACGCUCCUAUGUGGAUCUGAACAUCGCUGAUCUGAUCACCAAGUACAAUGGUCCUGUGAAGAUAAUUCGACGCACUGAAGAUGAGAUUAUUAGCUUGCGAUUGAACAGCGAGAAGCAAGGCAUCCUGUCGACCAACCGCGGCAACGACCUGUUAUUGAAGGUGAUCGACAACAGACACCCUAAAGCUUUGGAGGAUCCGUAUGUUCGCGUGGCUCUUAUUAAAUUGCUUGCCCUCAUGGACCUUCAGCGCAACAUCCUCGACAGGAACGAGAUUGAGGAAUAUGAACGAUCCCUGCUGCCUUUGAUUGGAAAGUACCUGCACGACUACAGGUCCUCCCACUGCACCCCGCUGCCCGAGAGUGACUUCGUUGUGGUGAUGCAACGUCUAGAAGCCCUUAAACAAGAAUAGUGCUUUGCCCUACGAUAUAAUUGUAUCGUACCCAUCCAUGGCUUCAACGUCUACAGUACCCGACGCGCGGCACGUCCUCUGUCCGUAUUAAUCGACGUCGACUAGACUCUAGAGCCCUAUGAAAGUGAAGGACUCCUAUGUGAUUAUAUGUCUUAGGUGUGACUCAAAUUAAUAGGUUUUUACUCCCUACUCCUUAUGCACGACCGUCUUACAUCUCUCUUCCCGACGGUUGCCAGUGCGAUUUACGAGCUUCGUUGGUGAUAAUAUUCAAAAUUAUACUAUGUAUUUUUUAUUAUAUAUCGGUCUUUUGGAAGUCACAUUGUGUAAUUUCUAGUGAAUUAAGUAGGUGUAAUACUUUGCUUUCAUUAUAAACUGUAGGGCUAAUGCCGCGUAUAAUAUAAUCGUAUAACGUAUUUAUUGUAGUUAUCUAGGAUAUUGUCGAUGACGUCCUUGAUUGUAACGUAAGAAGAAGCGAUUACGUGUGGACUGAUUUUAUCAUCGUGCUUGACAAACAUACUAUUUGUAUGAAGCACGAUCAGGUUAGUAGCGGGGCACUUUAUAGUGUCAGAUUGAGGCUCAAAUCAAAGAUAUUGUAGUUUCCAUGUAUUCCAAGACUCUUAGGGUCAUUGAAUUUUUGUAGUUUGACUAACAUAAAGGCAGACACUGCCAUUUUUUAUCUAUUAGGGAUCUUGAUGAUGGUCAUUAUAUUUAUCAUAUUUAUACAUUGUGGGCUAUAUUCUAGCUCCCACAUUAAAUUAUAAGUAUGUGUAAUAGGAUAAGACAACUUAUUAACACAUUUAUGAUUAUUAAUGUUCUCGACUUGUUCAGAACAUGAAGAAAACGUGAAUAGUAGCAUAAAAUAGUCCUUUGAAAUAUGGAAUUGUUAAAUAUUGCUGAUUAGGUGAUCAUAUAUGAUUGAUACAAAACCACUUGGCUUAUUUAAUAAUUUAAGAGAAAAUAUUAAACGGUUUAUAAUCCUAGGAAAUCCGGAAUUGCGAAAUAAGUACUACAUGUCUGACAAAAGACAAUAUAUAAGGUUGUCACAUUUUAAAUUGAAGUGAUUUUGUCGUAGUAAUGAACUAUUCUUAAUAAUAUAUUAAUAUCAUCACUAAAAUUGAUAAUUGAAUAAUACAUAAUAAUUGAUUUACAUGUUUAAUAAUAAUUAAUUCAAGUCAUUGCGUAUUUAAUAAUGAUAUAUAAUGUUAUGGUAUUAUAAUUGUGUUGUAGAUGUUUUUCGACUAGUAUCCGAUAUCUUCAAGUAGACAUUGCUUAUACUUUUCUCUGAAAUAUGUCUUUCCUUUUAAAUAAUUAUGCGUGUAUAUUUGUCGGUGGAAGUUUAGGUUAUAAUGGUCUUGGGAAUGGAAUUAAUCUGUUCUCAGUAAUUUCGUAUAGUAAUCGGGCGAUGGUAGGCAAAAGGAAGGUGGAAGCAUAUAAAUGCUUGUGUACUGAAGAAGACAACGCGAGACUUGAUCUAGUAUAUUUAUAUGUGAUCUAUGUUGUAUGUAUUUAAUGUCAUAUUUAUGAUCUACACGACUUAGCUAUGUAAUUAGUCUUGUUAAACGUGGGCGUGUGUUGCGAAUGUACGAUUCGAAAUACCUUAAUGAAACAACUUUGCUUUACAUCUGCUCUGAAUUAUAUACUGUUACCAGUGCACAUUUUCUUGUUGUAUAAAGAAAUGUGUACAUCAUCAGCACUUUUGGUGGUGAGAAAUGGUCGUAUACACAUGGCCCACGUAAACAUAAUCUAGAUAUGUGUUUACUCUGAUACAGUAACAAUUCAAUGUCUUUACAAAUUAGUGUGAACAUUAAUUUAUUUAUUUAUUACCAUAGAUGUUUUGUAUAUCAGAUUUUUAUUUAAAUACACAGUGAGGCUAUUUCUUCUUGCAAACCAGAAAAAACACAAUAACGUAACCUGUUAUUGCCAAUCCCUCUAGAGUUCAUAAAUAAAUGACCAUGUAUGAGUAAUGCAAAAUAUUUAGGUAUUUUUGGUUGCAAGGGUGGAAAUGAGUGUCACUGUAUUAGGAAAUAUAUGUAUGGUUUUAAUUUAUGCGAGAGAAGGGUUUAGUUAUUUAUUAAAGGUUUAAUAAUUUCGACAUUCUUACAAAAGCAUUUAAAAGUGUUUAUCAAGGCAUUUGGAUAUUUAUUUGUGAAAUAGUAUUAAGAAUAAAAAUUGAUUUUACUGAA